GUGGGUGAGGCAUCGUAAUGACGCUUACUGAGGGCCUGGAGCAGAGCUAGUGAAAAGUAUUUAUUGACUGUGACACUCUAACGAUGCCAUUCGGUUAUUAGAUAGAUAAACUGGGUACAGUGCAAACACUUCUAAGGUGCCACGCCGCCAGCAACAGCGCGAAAAAGUAUUUCGCACCCAAACAGAAUAUCAUAUUUCUUCGUCAUAAAGAUAAAACCCGUUAAGAAACAAAAACACACUGAAAAAAAUAAAAACAGUGCAAAAACACAACAAGACGUAAUCGUAACACACUAUGGACUACUACACAGGUGCCUCUUUACUACCGUAACAACAGCAACAACAACAACGGCGAUAAUAACAUCCAUUAAGACAAAAAUCAUGCCGAAUUCGCUGCUCGAGUCGAGGCAACAAUAAUUGCGCGUGUUUAUCGUAUCAGCAUUAGAUAUUGAGUGCCUAACGAUAACUUUGACGUUGGCCAUUUCCAGGUGCUUCAGUAAACACCUUUGCGCUCAUACAUAUUUUAAGAACGCCGUGCAAUUCGCAUUCGCUUCAUUUGUGCAAUUCCAGCGACGGCUGAAAGACGUCAACGAUCCACCAAAUCGUCUAGCCGAUCCAGUGCUGUGCAGUGUUCAAGUACUCAAAGGAUAAAUACCAGUGAUAAUCGAGUAUCUCUAUAUAUUCCAGUUUCAAAACAUUUUACAAUGACUUUCAACUCCAAGUACCACAUCGAUGUGGACUUUGAGGUGCCCAAGAAGCUGCAAUGGUACUAUGCGCCAGCCUUCUUCGGCUUCUGGUUUAUCAUCUAUCUGUCGUUGGUCAACACCCAGAUCAAUCACAUGCCCAAGCCGCUGGCCCGCACCGAUGAGGCUGCCCAUCCACGAGACUUCAUUGCACAGCGCGCCGAGGAUACCCUCAUUGAGUUGACUCGCAUCGGGCCACGCGUGGUGGGCAGUGUGGCCAACGAGGUAACCACCGUGCAGUUUAUCAGGGAUGAAGUGGACAAGGUGCAGGCGCAGGCGCUCGAUCGCUUUGAGAUCGAGAUCGAUGUACAGCAGGCAAGCGGUGCUUAUAUGCACUGGGUCAUGGUUAACAUGUACCAAGGCAUACAGAACGUGGUCGUCAAGCUGAGCGAGAAGGGCAACACGAACGAGAACUAUCUGCUGAUCAAUAGCCACUACGACUCAGUGCCCGGCAGUCCGGGUGCUGGCGAUGAUGGCUCCAUGGUUGCGACCAUGCUAGAAGUGAUGCGCGUCAUUGCCAAAACAGAUGAGCCGCUGGCCCAUCCCAUUGUCUUUCUGUUCAAUGGAGCCGAGGAGAAUCCACUGCAGGCGUCACACGCCUUCAUAACGCAGCACAAAUGGGCCAAGAACUGCAAAGCUCUGAUUAAUCUGGAUUCGGCAGGCAGCGGUGGGCGAGAGAUUCUGUUUCAGUCUGGGCCCAAUCAUCCCUGGCUCAUGAAAUACUAUCGCAAGGUGCCGCAUCCCUUUGCAAACACUCUGGCCGAGGAGAUAUUCCACGCUGGUUUGAUACCAUCAGACACAGAUUUUCGCAUCUUUCGCGAUUAUGGAGGUGUGCCCGGCCUGGACAUGGCGUACAUCUUCAAUGGCUAUGUUUAUCACACCAAAUUCGAUCGAGUCAAUGUUUUUCCGCGUGCCUCCUUUCAACACACCGGUGAUAAUUUGUUGGCCCUGGCCAGGGCUCUGGCAAAUGCUCCAGAAUUGGAUGACACUGCGGCUCACGCCGAAGGUCACAAUGUGUUCUAUGAUUUCCUGGGCUGGUUUAUAAUUUUCUACACGGCAACCACAAACAUAAUUAUUAACAUGAUUGUCGGCGCGAUUGCGCUCCUGGCGAUCGGCAUUUCCGUGUACUUUAUGUCCGUGCGAUCUGGCUGCAGCAUUCAGGGCGUCUUGGUACGCUUCGGUAUUGUCUUGGGCAUACAGCUGGUCUCUCUAGGCCUGGCCUUAGGACUGGCUCUACUCGUGGCUGUUUUCAUGGACGGUGUGAAUCGAUCACUCAGCUGGUUUACACAGAUGUGGCUAAUAAUCGGUCUAUACGUGUUUCCAAUCAUCUUUGGCAUGAGCAUUCUGCCCGCCUUCUAUCUCGAGAAGACCAAAAAGGACCCGCUCAGUCUGGGCUUUCGCGUGCAGCUCUUCAUGCACUCUCACUGCGUUUGCCUGGUUCUGCUGAUAAUCGUGCUGACAGCCCUCAGCAUUCGAUCGGCCUAUUUUAUUAUGCUGUGCGUGCUCUUCGAUAUUGUGGCUCUGGUUGUGAACCUGGUUACCAAAUGGCAUCGCAAAGCCUAUUGGUUUGCCAUUGCUGUCAUGGUCUGUCAGAUACUACCCUUCACAUACUUCACCUACAUCUGCACAGUGGCCCUAAAGACACUGAUACCAAUGCGAGGACGCUCUGGCGGAACAGCUAAUCCCGAUAUAUCCAUAGCUCUCAUGAUGUGGCUGUUUUCGGUUAUGUUUGCCGGCUUUAUUGUGCCGCUGAUUAUGUUCUUCCGCAAGACGAGAACAAUUGUCCUCUGCUUCUUGGCGGGCACAAUUCUGUUCAUCAUCAUUGCAGUAACUGAUGCAGGCUUUCCAUACAAGCCCAAGACGUCUGUGCAGCGUUACGCAAUGAUUCAUGCACAUCGCAUUUUGCAUAAUGCUGAUGGCUCCACACGCAUUGAUGAGAGCGGCCUUUAUGUCUAUCCCCAGGAUCGACGCUUCAAUAUAGCUGAAGAUGAAAUUAAGACGAUUGGAAAUCCACAUAAGGUCAGCGAAUUUUGCGAUGAGGAAAUGUUCUGCGGCAUGCCCUUAUACAAUCACCGUUGGCACAGCGCACGCGAAUAUAGUCUUUGGGUACCGGUAAAGGAGCAGCCGGCGAUACCGGCACCUUAUCCUAGUCUGAUUUUACAGGAAACAACAGAGCUGGACAACUCGAUGCAAAGGCGGUUUAACUUUUCCUUGGCAGGUCCCGAUCAUAUGACCAUCUUUGUGAAUGUCAAGAACAGUGCCAAGCUGCUGGACUGGUCCUUCAAUGAGACGCUCAUUAAUAAUAAUGAGCCACCCCCAUAUUUUGUAUAUUUCUCUUAUGGUCUAGAUAAUAGUGCGCUUGAGUUCACCAUCGACGUUGAGAAGAGUACGUCAACGUUUGACACGCCCACCUUGGAAAUAGGCAUCGGUGGGCAUUGGGUGCACCAUGAAAUCCAAAGAUCUCAAGGGCUGGGCGCACACCUCGACAGCUUUCCCUCGUACGCCUACAUUCAGGCCUGGGUAGGCACCUACGAGAGUUGGUACUUCUAA